GGAAAAGAAGGUAGUGAAAAUAACGUCAGAAAUAUCGCAGAUGGAGCGAAUGCAGAAGAGGGCUGAACGCUUCAAUGUACCCGUGAGCCUGGAGAGCAAGAAGGCAGCGCGGGCGGCUCGGUUUGGUUUGGCCACAGUUUCGACUAAAGGCCUCUCUGCAGACAGCAAACCCACGGUAAACAUGGAUAAAUUAAAGGAAAGGGCUCAAAGAUUUGGGUUGAAUGUCUCCUCGCUCUCCAAGAAGAGUGAAGAAGACGAGAAACUGAAGAAGAGAAAGGAGCGGUUUGGCAUUGUAACGAGUUCAGCCGGGGCUGGAGCUACAGAGGACACAGAGGCAAAGAAGAGGAAAAGAGCAGAACGCUUUGGGAUCGUCUGAUGCCGGUCCUUUUUAGCUUCAGCCCGUUUGCAGUGUGCCUCUCGAGUGCGUGCAUACUCUUUCUCUCUCUUUCCCCCACUUUCUCUCAC